AAAUCCGGCACUGCACCGAGCCGGGGAGCCGGCAGCGCGUGCGCAGGCGGCUCCAGCCAGCCGGGGAGCCGUGCAUGUCCGUGGGACUCCCGAGCCGCGGCGCAGAGAAGAGCGGGGGGACGCGGGGCAGCAGCCGCCGGGCUCGCGGGCGCGAUCCGAGCGGGAUUUAAGCUGCAGAGGGAAGCUGCGGUGCCCGGUCCUUCCUCGCUCCCACUCGCCUCCUGUGCCCUAAGGUGACACCGCCCGGCGCCAGCUGCAGAAUGGGGAAACAGAACAGCAAACUGGCCCCUGAAGUGAUGGAGGAUCUGGUGAAGAGCACGGAGUUUAAUGAACACGAACUCAAACAAUGGUACAAAGGAUUUCUAAAGGACUGUCCAAGUGGUAGACUGAACCUUGAGGAAUUUCAGCAGCUCUACGUAAAGUUUUUUCCAUAUGGUGAUGCUUCAAAGUUUGCCCAACACGCUUUCAGAACCUUUGAUAAGAAUGGUGAUGGAACCAUUGACUUCAGAGAGUUCAUUUGUGCCCUGUCCAUCACCUCAAGAGGAAGUUUUGAACAGAAACUAAACUGGGCCUUCAACAUGUAUGAUUUAGAUGGGGAUGGUAAAAUUACAAGAGUGGAGAUGCUGGAGAUCAUAGAGGCCAUUUACAAAAUGGUGGGCACUGUGAUAAUGAUGAAAAUGAAUGAAGAUGGUCUCACGCCAGAGCAACGAGUAGACAAGAUUUUCAGCAAGAUGGAUAAGAACAAAGAUGACCAGAUCACACUGGAUGAAUUCAAAGAAGCUGCAAAGAGUGAUCCUUCCAUUGUAUUACUCCUGCAGUGUGACAUUCAAAAAUGAGCUUGUGUAAAAUGCAUUAAAGACUGCACAGAAGUUUAAAUGUUCCAUUCAGUUUGCAGCUAUUUCCACACACAAAAAAUUGCUUGGACUACCUGUAAAUGGACUUGCUUCUUGUGUUUGAAACACUUGUGUGCAUGAGAAUGUCAUUUGCUAAAGAAUUUUAAAAGUAUAUAUUAUAAAAUAAACUGCCACAAUGUGACGUGUGCAAUGUCAUUUCAUAACAACCCUAUUCCUCUGAAGCCUGUGCAGCAGUACUGUGCUGCCGUGAAUUAUAUUCUUUAUUGUUCAUGUUUUACUGCUGCUCGCUCUGUGUCUCCUAGACUGAGUAAUGUUAGUGACACUGAAUUCCCAUGGUAAUGUAACUGUUUAUUAUAAACCAUGUCACCAUUCUGCUGUAAAGUAGUACUGGACAGACAGAGGAGAAAGUUCCUCAGUUCUUGAGUCUGAUCCACACGUGCUUGUAUUGUCAGUGAAUAUAAAUGUACUUCAUUUGCAUGCC